GAUCAACGUCAGCUUCAAGGUGACUGAUUCAUUUAUUUUCGUGACUCAUCAUAUAAUUGCUGGAACAUGAUUCAGGUAUUUAAAUACUGUUUGUUAUAUUUAUAUUGGAAUUCCAUGAUAUAAUAGAGAUACUGACGAAAGAAAUCCCCACCGGAUUGGAACUUCAGCAUUCAUCUUAUUGAGUCACGAAAUCACUACCCACGAAACAAUAAUCUCAUCGCUUUCUUUACACCUUCCACAGCUCCAAACACAAAAUUCAAGCAAGACUACAUGUUAAUGUUCAUCACAUAAAAAUUUACCCUCUCUCAAAAUGACGACUUCACAAUCACAAUCACAACUCGAAAUACUCCCCGCUGAACUCAAAUUACAAGUCCUGUAUUCACUCCCUAGUGUUUCCUCUCUCAAUUCCCUGACCCACUCAUCACCCCACUUCUUCAACGUAUACCACGGCAAAGAACAAGCACAAAUUCUCGCACAAGUAUUAGAGAACGAACUCGGGCGCGAAGUUCUAAAAGAUGCAUGGUAUGUAAUUAGAGCAGCUCGACACAUAAAGCUGCGAGGCGUUGAUCCUUUCGGUAACGAAUUGGAAUACAAAUCACAAAAGAUAUUAUUCGAACUAUUAAGAAGUGGGAAGGAACUGGAUAAAAGUGAGCUAGGUAUCACACUAGACGAUAUGAUUUGGUUUUCCAGGAAGCUGCCCGCACUCCAGGAAGUAUCAAUAGCGUUCUUGGAAAACACAAUAGGAAACCAUCCAAUUACUGGAGAGCGUAUCCCCUCACCAUCUCCCUCAGCCAAGUCUCCUUCCACUAGAGAACUUUCUCGCAUUCAACGCGCUGUUCUCCGAAUAGAGGCUUUUACUUAUAUAUUCUCGUUGGAAGAUGAGUAUUCUCUAAGAUCGAAAUACAAAGACCAUGAAGAUCUGAAUGGUCCAUUCAAGAGGCAAGGGUACAAUCGUAUUCACAGACAUGACUGGGUACGACGCCAUCAUUCGCUAUGUCUAUCCGAUGAGCAGCAAGUUCUAUUCCUGAAUAGAUAUGAGGAAUGGGAAAUCGAGGAAAUGAUUUGCGUGCGAGAUUGGUAUCGUAGGGAAUACGAUGCUCUAUAUAAGCAAUAUCCGAAAGAAUGGAAAGACGUGUGGAUCUAUCAAGAAUGGAUAGAUGGGGAUCCAAGUCUCACCUUUGAGGAAGUUUCUCAUAGUGAGUACAUCAGAGUAAAGGAUUGUAGUGAUUGGGAAAAUAUAAGCGAAUUGUGCAUGAGAAAGGGGUUUGAGUUGUUGUCCGAAGUAAAACGCAAGGAAACUGGAAAGGAGAAAGUCAACGUGAUAUUCAGUGCCAUAGACAGUAAUGCGAUCUACUUCAUUGACGUAGACGACUUUCUGUCGAUGACAUUGGAAAAUUGGCGAAUGAUAAGGACCGAAGACGCAACGGGAAAAGACAUCUACAACCAAACUUUGCAAAAGUAUUUGGAAGGACAGGUUGCAUGGGACGAGUCGGGAUACAAUGCAGCAUGGUGUUGGGUGCGUAGACAAUGGGAAAGAGACGAUGAGAAGUGGGACCAGACAGGAAAUUGUUUGAGAAGCUGGGGGUACGUGAUGUGGGACGCUUGGAGAUUAGACGCGCUGGGGAUUCUUAGUCGUGACGUCGAUGAACUUGACAUGCAUGGACCAAAGAAGUUUGGUGGACAUUUGUUGUCGGAGUAUGUGAUCGGGCGAGAUGAUGACUAGAGUCUAAGGAAGUAAUCCCUAAUUUUUAUACAUGCUAACAAACAUCCAAUCUAUUUUCGUUGCUAGCAAGGGCUUCAAAGUUAUUGAUAUAUGCCUGCAACCUACGAUGCGAUUCUAUUUCCAUGAUUCGCAUACAGAAAACUACUCAUAACACUAGUCAUUCAAUCUUAAUCCAGAACUCAACACUGGCAAUAACAUUAACCAAUAUUACACUCCCCAUCUAUCCAUCUAUUUCUGUGGUGGCAAAGUUAAUAUUCCGAUAGCAACAGUGCUGAUACUGUUGGUGGAGGUAGCUGUCGCUGUAGCUUUAGCCACGAACGAUAUUGACGCAUUGCCGAGUGAAGAUCUGACUGACGCGAUUGCAAACGCAGUGAUAUCAUAUCACGAAUUUCAACACUACUAUUGGUUCCUACGACUCAGCUGCAAAGCGCGACGCUUCUUUCGAAUUUUGGAAUGGAGAGCAUGCUCGCGGCGGAGUUCCGGUCGGACAUGUUUAGGGCUUUCAAGGUCGAUGUAGCCUUUGCGAUUCUCAUGGCUCAAGGUAAUCGAAUAAAGGAUGUAGCAGAACUAGUCGGCCAAAGUUUGCUCGAGCAGAGGUAAUGUGUGAGAUUCGAGAGUUUUCUUGAGUGAUUGGAUUUCA